AAAAACAAACAAACAAAAAAAAAACAGGAGUAAUAUGUCGCACUGUGCUGCCAUGGCUGUGACAACUGUGAUGUCACUAAAUGAUGGGACAUUUCAACUCCAUUAUGACCUGAAGUGCUAAGUAUGCAUUCUGUCAUCAUGUGCCCUUGGCAGUGCUACAUGAAAGGUUUGAAUAUACAGUAACUAUAAGCUUUAGUUCAACAGGCAUGAUCCUGUUCCAUCUGUGGCUCUCUCCAGGCCCCCUGUGCCUCAGAGGGCUCUGUUAUUCCAUAAUGUGUUUUUUCUUUCCUGUCUGCUUGGUGCCUACUUAACUUCAGGGACAUCCUUUGAUCUGCUUUCUUUGACACUUCUUUGGAUGUUAUGGUGGUUUGAAUGAUAGAUGUUCCUCUAUAUUUUCAGGCAUUUAAAUAACUUGACCCCCAUUUUGUGGCACUGUUUGUGCAUUGGGGUGUGCUUAGGAGAUAUGCCCUCACUGGAGGAGGUAUGUCACUGAGGUAGGUUUUGAGAGCUUAAAGACUUACACCAUUUUGAAUUUGUCCUCUGCUUGUGGCUUGAGGUUUGAAACUCAAGCUCUAAGCUGUUCCUGCUGUCAUGCCUGCCUGCUGCUAUUCUUUCCCAUUGUGAUGGUGAUGCAUAUUUCUCUGGAACCAUAAACGCAAACAAACCCUUCCCUCCAUAAGUUGUCUUGGUCAUGGAGUUUUAUCACAGCAAUAAAAAAGUAACAAGUUGAUACCAGAAGUGGGUAUUGCUGUGACAGACCUGUCCAUGCUGGUUUUCUGGAAGAAUGUGGAAAAUUUGGAGCUUUAGGUUCGAAAAGCAGUUGAAGACUGUAAGCAGACCUUACUGGGCCAUCCUAUUUGGAGCUUAGAAAACAGUAGUGCUGAGAGCUAUGUGGAUUGUAGAGGCCCAACACAAGAGGUUUCAGAAGGGAACUAUUAACAAGUGUGCAAGAUUGAUAAUAUCUUGGCAAAAAUGUGGCUGCUUUCCUAAGAACUUGCCUGAUAAAUUUAAAAGCAAUGGACUAAUUUCUUUGGCCAAGGAGAUUAAGACCACCUAGUAUUGACUCUGUUGCAUAAUUAUUAGUAACCUUAUAAAAAGAGCAAGUGGAGCAGAAAGAAAUACAAAAUGUAGUUUGAAGAGAAAAAGAACUCCAGGAAACUUAAUGUUGCAGUCAAAUCUUGUGCUGAAAGAGAUAGGAAAAAGAGGUCUGAUCUAUAGUAAAAUAAAGGGAAGAGUGCCCUGGGGAGAGACUCCAUCUAGCUAAACUUCCAACUUGUGGAAAGAAAAGGUCUAGGGAAUUUUCUGCUCCUAGAAAGGAACAAUAAACAAAAGUACAGCUAAUGUGCCUCAGUGGGGGCCAGGGUUCACCCAAAUAUAGCAGCUGAACUUGGCAAUAUUGCCUGUGUGGUGCUGGUUCUAAAGUCGUGAAGGAUACACUAGUUAAGAGGUUGUGGAAUCUUCCUCUGUGGUUUCAGAGAGGCUGCAGAAGCCAGGCAUUUGGCAGGGGAAGCCCUGAAAAGCCAUUGUGUGAAGCUGUGGAAGUGAAGCUAGUGUUGCACUGGAGACCCCAAUAUGUUGGAGAUGCUAGAGCUGUGAGACAUCUGCCAAGGAGAAGAACACAGGGAGUGGGACCAGUCUAAGAGCGAGGAGGCAUGCAGCAGAGCUGGAGAGAUGUAACCUCAUAAGCUUUUGGAUAUCAGACAUGGAGCUACAGGAUUUAGAGUUUGCCCUACUGAGUUUUGGUCUUGCUUUGAUCCAGUAUUUCUCACUAUGCCCUCAGUCAUCCUAUCUGAAAUGGUAAUGUAUGUCUAUGCCAUUGUAUUUUGGAUGUAUAUAAUUUGCUUUUUUAUUUUAGAAGGUUACAGUUAAGAGAUUGCCUUGAGCCUCAAAAGAAACUUUGGACUUUUAAACAGUAUUGUGACUAAAAGACUACAGGGGUUUUAAAAAUUGGACUGAAUGUAUUUUGCAUUAUGAUAUGGCCAUGAGACUAUGGGGGCCAGGGAGUGAAAUAUGGUAGUUUUGAAUAAUGGAUGUCCUUCUAUAUUCUCAGACAUUCGAAUACUUGGCCCCCCAGUUUGUGGCACUGUUGGGGGUGUGGCUUAGGGGGUAUGUCAUUGAGACAGGUUUUGAGAGCUUAAAGACUUGUGCCAUUUUCCGAUUGCUCUCUGCUUGCUGCUUGAAGUUUGAAAUGUGAGCUCUCAGCUGUUCCUACUACCAUGCCUUCCUGCUGCCAUGUUUCCCCAUUGUGUCAAUGAUGCUUAUCCCUCUGGAACUGAAAACCCUUCUUUCCAUAACUUGUCUUGGUCAUGGUAUUUUCUCACCUCAAUAGAAACGUAACUAAUACAGAUGUCCAUGGCCUUUGCACAUUUUUCUGAAGUGUGAUUCCUAUUGUAAGCCAGUUUCAUUGCAUUCUUCCUUUUGUCAUUGAAUUCCUCAAGGGCAAGACUCAUGUCUCAAUCCUGGAAGAGUGAAUGGCAGAAUAAAAUUGGCUAGACAAGGAAGAGCGUGGGAGUGACCUAAAAUGGCCACUUCUCAGAAAUCACAUUUGUUAGCAAGAAUAGAGAUGUGAAUGAAGAAGUGGCUUGUAGACACUAGGAGCAAACACAAAAGGCCCAUCUUUCCUGUGAGAGAAGUUUGGAGACAGGCAAAAUGAUGGCGUGGGGGUUCCAUAAUGUUAUUAGGAGUCUAGGUUCUAUUGUUCUGUAUGGUUACCCCUAGCUCAUGGCUUCCCUCUUCAAGGUAACCUCAUGGUUCAAAAUGACUGCUGGAAAUAUACCCAUCUCAUCCCUUCCAGGCAAGACAUAUGAGAAGGGCAGUGAGUGACUAAAAGGUGUUCAUUCCAUAAAGGCAGCCUCCUUUAAAGGGACAGACAUCUCCCAAUCCAGAACUCUGGUCCCUCAUCAGCAAGUUAGGAAGAGAAAAGUCUUCUCACAACAGGUUGUGCACAGCUAGUAGGCCUGGACUUUCUCUGCAAGUACUACAGGCUUUUAUCAGUAGACCACAGGCAGAUCUUCCACCAUCAGGUCACUAACUACAAAAGGUUUGGUGAGACUUUCCUCCUUGCCCUGGCCCUUUUGUUCAUCUAGGUACUCAAUUUCUGUGACCCUCUCUGGAACUUCUCUGGGCCCAUCCUCAGCAGCAGGCCUGUCCCAAUGUAACUCACUCAUUGCUAUUCCUGGAAAGAUGAGGGAAGGGAACAAUGCUUUGUUCUAGCAUGGAAAAAUGACCAGCAACUUCCUUAUCCUUCUGAGACAAACUGCUGGCUCGAUGACCUGUGAGGGUUAUUUCUGCAUGUGCACUCCAUCUUUUCCCAAGGCUUCUCUGUAGGUAAGAGCUUCUGACCCUAGUCACUUCACUUCUCAGACUGCUGAGUCUUUACAGCUGAAGGUCCCUCUCCUCUGAGAUGGACAGUAUCACCUAGCAGUAUGCUUGCCCAGACGACAUGAACCAGGUCAAAAGUAACCGAGAACUGUUCCUACAAUACUCAGCCACAGCCCCCAAACUGCUGGCCCACGUCUCCAAACUCCUCAUUGUCUGCCGAAACGCAGGCAUUUCCAUCCCAAAAGGCAUCAGGAAUAUCUUUGAGUUCACCUGGGAGGAGCUCAUCACUGACCCUGCAGUGCCCACCCCAUCUGACAUCCAGGAUCUGGUAAUCACCUUUGGGACUCCUACAGUGGUGCUUGCAGAGGUGAUCCCAGUGCAGCCCCCCAUGCAGAAGAAGCCAGUUCCACCACCACCACCCCCAAUACUGCUCACGGCCACCAGCGGGGGCAAGCACUCAGCCCCCACCCCUGCCUCUGCUCGAGUGGCCCCCCCUGGCCAAGAUACCCUGCACAAGUUCCAGCGGCAGUCCAUCCACCUGUUGACAGAGCUGCUUUCCCUGAAGAUGAAGGCCAUGGUGGAGUCUGCCUCUGGUGCCAAUCCUCUGGACAUCACCAAGCGCUUUGUGGAGGCCAGCCAGCUCCUCCAUCUCAAUGCCAAGGAGAUGGCCUUUGACUGCCUGAUUGGCACUGUCGGAAAAAGCUGCUUUCGUACAUCACAGCUGAGGAAAGAAUCCUCCAUGAACAUUUCUGCCAUUGGAGUGAGCACACCUUAUCAGCUGGUCUACCAGACGUCCACAGCCUGUCUGAGCUUCUCCCUCUCCACAGGAAAGGAAGUCAAGAAGAAAGACACUGGAGGCAAAAAGGCUAUAGAUGAGAUCACGUCCCCUCUCCCUCGAGUUCGAACCCCUCCUGAAAGCAUCAUCUUCGAGAUCCAGGACCCCUGUCCUGAGGCCCGGGAAAAGCUGCAGGAUAUGUGUCGCCACAUAGAAGCCGAAAGGAUCUUGUGGAGAGGGAGGAAUAUCUCCUGCCCAAUGAUUUUACGCAACUACAGGGCAAAGAUAUCCUCUCAUUUAAUGGUGACCUCCAAGGGGGACACUCACCAUCCUCCCACUGCGGGGACUCAGAUUACUACUUCCACUCUUCACCAGCCUUCCAGCCACCAUGCUCACGCGGGCCGCCAUUCUCAAGAGUGGAAGGGGCCCAAGAAGCCCGUCAAGCUGCAUUACACUUUCUAUGAUGGCUCUUCCUUCAUUUACUAUCCCUCCGGAAACAUCGCCAUGCUUCAGAUCCCCACGUGCUGCAGAGGGAAACCCAUCACCUGCCUCUUUAACGACGUACCUAACACCUUCCUGGCUCUGUUCAAUUCUGACGGCCAGGGCUGUGUUUACUACAACCUGAAGAACAGCUGUCCAUAUGUCGUGGUUUUGGAUGAGGAAGGUGGAAUCACAAAUGACCAAAAGGGCUACAUAGUCCAUAAGUGGAGCUGGGCUAACAAGACUGAGACAUUGCUCUCUCUGGAAUACAAGGUGAAUGAACAAAUGAAGCUAACAGUCUUGGGGCAGGACUCCGUCACCGUCACCUUCACCUCCAUGAAUGAGUCGGUAACACUCAGUGUGUCACCCAAAAGCUGUCCCCAUGGCGUGGUGCAUGACAAACGGUCAGUUCGCAGAAUCAGUACCAUGGAUGACAAGAUGUUAAAGAUAAACAGAGCCCUGGUUGAGAUCAAGAAGCGGUUUCAGAAGACUGUGACUCAGUUUAUGAACUCUGUGUUGCUGGCAGCAGGUCUGUUCACCAUAGAAUAUCCCACCAUGAGGGAAGACACAGAAGCUAGUCGGGUCAAGGUGAAAUCCGGGUCUUAUCCUGAUCGGAGCCGUAAGUCAAGUUUUUACCAAGGAGAAACCCUUGUGCGAUCCCAUUCAGCCCGGCCAGAUUCCUUAAUUGAAGACAAGGAGAAGGAGGAGUCUAUACACACGCUCUUGAUCCCUGUUCAAAAGAAGAGCAACAGAGUCCAGGCCAAAGUCACACCAAGAGGGAAGCCGAGAGAGGUACGCAGCCCCACCAGGUGGGCAGCCUCACCCUAUGACUGCCCACUGGUGCUGCGGAGGCUCAUUCACAAGGAAGACAUCCGGGCCGGCUGCAAGUGUAUUGUGAAGGCACCCCUGGUGUCCGACUUGGAGCUAGAGCGCUUCCUGUCUGCACCCCGAGACCCCAACCAAGUGCUGGUAUUCGGGAUAAUGUCGAGCCAGAAUCCCAACUGUACCGCACAGCUACAGUGGCUGCUGGACACACUGUAUAGCCAUCGGCAGCAGGGCCGUUCCUCACCGUGCAUCCAGUGCCAGCAUGACCCUUACCGCCUGCUGCGGUAUGACCUGGACAGCCCCCUGCAGAAGGAUCCACCCCUAAUGGUGAAGAAGUUUGCUGUGGUACAUGGGAUGGUUUUGAUGUUUGCUGGGGGGAAGCUCCUUUUUGGGGGCUGUGUCCUAAAUGGCUAUGGCUUCAGCAAGCAGAAUCUGCUGAAACAGAUCUUCCGGGCUCGUCAGGAUUGCAAGUUGGGCUACUUCCUGCCAGACAACUACAAAUUCAACAUGUCAACCUAUAUCACAAACCUGGAUGAUUCUGAGUCGGCUAAAAGAGUGGCAUCUGAAGAUUUCGAAGGAAGUGCCUCUUCAUUGGCGCUUGGGGACAAAAUGGAUAAAACACCUUCUACCCCCCCUGAAAAGUCGAAACAGCCUGAAGUGGAACUGCAGCCUUACUUGAAGACCAGGAGGAGCAGUAAGAAGGGCAGUAACUGGAAGAAGUCAGGUUCUAAGAAGUGAUGCUGGAAGAACCAGUGAUGCCCUCCCCACACCCAGCCCUACCUCCUGGUCUCCCACCACCCUUCAAUAAAUGUACAUGCCUCCAG